AUGGCGGACCUCAAGGACCUCCGGACAGACUCACUCUUCAAUGUCAAAGGCUGGAUAUGCAUUGUCACGGGCGGAGGCACAGGAUUGGGCCUCAUGACCGCCAACGCGCUCGCAGCGAACGGAGCCAAAGUCUACAUCACCGGCCGGCGAGUUGAAAAGAUCAAGAGCGCUGAGAUGCAGGACUCCACAUCCGGCGGCUCCAUCACCGCAAUAUCCAUGGACGUAACGGACAAGAAAUCCAUCCAAGACUUCGUCAAGACCAUGUCGGAAAAGGAGAAGCACGUCAACUUGCUCGUCAACAACGCCGGAGCCACUUCAGUGAACUACGGCGAGAAGUGGACGCCGCAGGGGAACCCGAAGGAGGUCAGCGAGCGGAUGCUUUCGUAUCAGGAUUUCGAUGACUGGACGUCAAUUUACAAGGUCAAUGUUGCGAGCAUUUACUUUACCUCGAUUGCGUUCUUGCCGUUGUUGUGUGCGGCGAGGGACAAUGGGUAUCCGGAGGCUGGGAAUAUUAUCAAUGUCAGCUCAAUAUCUGGUAUUACCAAGGAGAGCCAGAAUGGACAAUUCAGCUACAACGCCUCGAAAGCGGCAACGAUCUCGUUGACGGAGCAGUUGGCCGUCGAACUAAAGAACCCUGGUUUGGAAGUCAGAGUCAAUACGAUUGCACCGGGCUAUUUCCCAUCCGAAAUGACGCCCAUUGGCAAACACUCGAGCGAGCAGAAGCAGUACUUCCGGGAAAACUGGGGUAUUCCCUUCGGUCGCUCAGGAGACCCGAAAGACUAUGCUCAAGCCGUCUUCAGUCUGGCGGUGAAUCAGUAUUGCUCAGGAUCGACGUUGAUUGUGGACGGUGGCUAUCUUCUAGCGCGACCUUGA